GUAGGGAUUCUUAGUUGGACAAUCACACUAUACGAAGUUCGUAACGUUAAACUGAAGACAUGGAACUAGUUAUUAUAUUACUAGGUUUUAUCGCAGUAUCAACAGCGAAUCAUGUGACAUUGACGGAAGAGUUUCACGGAUGUAUUCCGACUGUGUCGACAUGCGCAACACUCCAGAAACGUUACGAGAUUUACUGUGAACAAGAUGCAAAUGAUCGUCCAUAUCGUCAAAAAGCUCAAGAAUUCUGUGAGAGUCGUGGUGGCACUCUCGCCGAUAUAAAAAACCGUGCUGAGGAUGCAGAAAUUAGAAAGUUUAUCUAUGCUAAUAAAAUGGAUUCUCCAGAAUGCGUACGAAACUUUGGUUUUUGGAUAGGAUUGCAAGAUGGCGAUGGCGCAGAUGAAGGAGUAUACAAGUGGGGAGAUGGAACCACACCUUGUUACGGAAACUGGGCAAAAGAUAAUCCUAACAACAAUGUAAAGAAAAAUGCAACAAGUGGUCAAGACUGUGUUCAGUUAUGGGCCCGGCCUGGCAAAGGACUAUUGUGGGAUGACGAAUAUUGUGACUACCGUCCAAAGGGGAUUGUGUGUCAGUUUAUUGACGAAUGUGGCUGUGAACUUGAAGCAAGUGUUUGAUCUGAUUGCACAACAUUUGACUCCCGAAGGUGAUACUGACAAAGAAUUCCGUGGCAGUAGUUGAUGAACAUGUAACAAUAAAAAUUACGUGCAUUAAAUAGUAA